AUGACUGUCGAUGGCCAGUGCGCCAGGGGGGAGGAGGCAGUGGCUCUAGGGGAGGUGCUGGGGCCUCGCAGCGGCUGCAGCAGUGAUGGGAGUGAAAGGAGCACGGACCGGAGUCAGGAGGGUGCCCCAUCCACGCUGCUGGCUGACGACCAGAAGGAGUCCAGGGGCCGGGCCUCCAUGGCCGACGGGGACCUGGAGCCUGAGGAGGGCUCCAAAACGCUGGUGCUCGUCUCCCCUGGCGACAUGAAGAAGUCGCCCGUCACUGCCGACCUGGCCCCCGACCCUGACCUGGGCACUCUGGCUGCCCUCACUCCUCAGCAAGAGCGGCCCCAGCCCACCGGCAGCCAGCUGGACGUGUCUGAGCCGGGCACCCUGUCCUCUGUCCUCAAGUCUGAGCCCAAGCCCCCUGGACCCGGGACAGGGCCAGGGGCCGGGGCAGUGACCGCAGGGGCAGGAGGAGUGGCAGUCACCUCCUCACCCUUCACCAAAGUUGAGAGGACCUUUGUGCACAUUGCGGAGAAAACCCACCUCAAUGUCAUGUCUUCCGGUGGACAAGCUUCCCGGCCUGAGGAGCUGGGCCCUGGGGGUGAGCUGGGCCUGGAGGCACCCUCUGAUGGGAGGGCUGUGGAGGAGGGGGCCUCUGUGCCCCUGGAGAAUGGCAUCGCCCAGGCAGGGCUGGAGAGCUGUGCUCCGACUGGCCCCCCCGGGGACACCCCCUUGGAGGUGGCCACAGACUCACUGCCCAAUGGCCCAGCCCUUGCCAACGGGCCGGCCCCAGCGUCCCCGCUGGAGCCAGGCCCCGAGAAACUGGCCACCAUCUCCCCCAGCCGCCAUGCCAUGGCAGGCCCCCGCCCCAGGAGCCGGAUCCCUGUCCUGCUGUCUGAGGAGGACACGGGCUCGGAGCCCUCCGGCUCCCUGUCCGCCAGAGAGCGGUGGGGCAAGAGGGCCCGGCCACAGCAGGACCUGGCGAGGCUGGUGAUGGAGAAGAGGCAGGGCCGCCUGCUGUUGCGGCUGGCCUCUGGGGCCUCGUCCUCCUCCAGUGAGGAGCAGCGCCGGGCCUCGGAGACGCUCUCGGGCACGGGCUCCGAGGAGGACACGCCUGCCUCGGAGCCCGCUGCCCCCAGGAAGGCCGGGAGGGCCGCCGCCACCCGGAGCCGGAUUCCCCGCCCCAUCAGCAUCCGCAUGCCCACGCCCGCCGCGGCCCAGCAGCAGUCCGCGGGCAGCCCCCAUGGCGCUGCCCCCGCCUCCGACACAGCCAUCACCAGCAGGUGA